AUGUCAUUCAUUGAACAAUUAUUCAAUCUUAGUGAACAAUGGCAAUGCGUCAAUGGUUUAUUAUGGAUCAUUUUUGCCUUUGGUAUAAUCAAAUUCACUACUUUGAUUUUAAGAACAUGUGCUUUAAUUACGGAUCUGUUCUUAUUACCAGCAGUUGACUAUUCCAAGUACGGUGCUGGAAAAGGCAAAUAUUGUGUUGUUACAGGUGCUAGUGAUGGUAUUGGUAAAGAAUUUGCUAAUCAGAUGGCUGCUCGUGGAUUCAAUCUUGUUUUAAUUUCAAGAACAUUAUCUAAACUUGAAGCAUUGAAGGAAGAAUUUGAAAAGAAGUAUGGCAUCAAGGUGGAAAUCUUAGCCAUUGAUAUUUCCUCAGAUAGCCAAGACAACUAUGAAUUUAUUAAGGGGCUAUGUAAAGAUCUUCCAAUCACCGUAUUGAUUAAUAACGUUGGUCAAUCUCAUUCUAUUCCUGUUCCAUUUUUGGAAACUGAGGAAGAGGAAUUAAGAAACAUUAUCACCAUCAAUAACACAGCUACUUUAUUAAUCACUCAAAUUAUCGCACCCAUCAUCUCCAAGACAGUAAAGGAAACAAAGAAGAGUCGUGGGUUAAUAUUAACUAUGGGUUCAUUCGGAGGGUUGAUUCCAACUCCAUUAUUGGCUACCUACAGUGGUUCUAAGGCAUUCUUACAGCAAUGGUCUACUUCGUUAGCUGGUGAAUUACAGAAGGAUAAUAUCGAUGUAGAGUUGGUCCUUUCCUAUCUAGUCACCAGUUCCAUGUCAAAGAUCAGAAGAACCUCAAUGAUGAUUCCAAACCCUUCCAAAUUUGUCAAAGCUACAUUAAGCAACGUUGGCAGACGUUGUGGUGCUCAAGAAAGAUAUGGAACCAUGACACCAUUUUGGUCGCAUGCCAUUUAUGAAUUUAUUAUUGAAGAAACAUUCGGUGUCUUUUCUAAGAUCGUUAACACUAUCAACUAUUCCUUCCAUAAGUCCAUUAGAGUGAGGGCUUUGAAGAAGGCAGCAAGACUUGCUAAGAAACAGUAA